UACCCUUCCCCUUUGCUCACUUCCACCGGUGUCGGAGACGAUGCGAUUCGGACGAGGAGAGGAUAUUUCCGCACUCGAUCUCUGCGUCCCGAGCCACCUGUCCGCCGCCCUUUAGCUGCCUUUGGUCCCCGGCGAGAUGCCGUUGGGCUCCGACGCGCAUGGAUCGGAAGGCUAACCUUCAGGCGCCUCCGGCUUCGGACCGUCCCAGCGCCGCCGACGCCAACUUCACCCACUCUUCCUCCUCUUCCUCAUGCACCUUCUCUCCCCCCGAGUUCCUCCGUCAGGCUCAUGCUGUCUUCAAGCGCCACAGACGUCUUGGAGGCAUGGAGUCUAAAAUCUGUCGGGCGACUCGUGUCUUGGUUCCUCAAACUGAGCCAUCGGACAGCAUGGCCUCGAUGUCUACCAUAACCACGAACGAGACUGCAAAGGCUGUUCUACCGACUGGAUCGGUUGUCGGAGUAAGGAGGUUAGUGAAAGCACCAAUUGAUCAGAGGGAAAACCGUGCAAUUGCUGUGGCUGGUCUGCUGGAGGAUGCCUCGAUCAACCCCCCUUCGGUUACUGAAACUUUAACUGUUGCUGGGGAUGAUAAAGCAAGCUCUUUUGGCUUGCAGAAGAGCAACUUUGACUUGAUGGCUGAUCGAAAGCAGUCCUCCUUGGUAGUUAUGUCAUCUCAAGUGCCACCUCCACAUGCAUUAAUGGACAAUGAUAUGAAGAAGGAAAUUUUAACUUUUCAGAGUACACACUUGAACACUGAUGGUAAAAUGGAGACCAUUUCUUCUUUCUUGCAUUCUCUCGCAUUGACAGGGGUGGAGAGCUACUUGGGAACUCAGGUGGGGACAAAUGAUCAGGAUUUAAAGCUGCAAAAUCAUGGAAAUCUGGAGGUGUUUGGGACCAGCAUGAAGUUUGGAGGCACUAGCUUGUUAGAAAAUACAAAAGAACCUAAGCAUGAUCAGUGUUAUGUGGAACCAAUGGCUAGAUGUUCAGUUCUGGAUUCUUCAUGUGUCACUUCAUUGUCGGUUAACACGGGUCCAACAUUUCAGUCCACACAUGCUCAGCCAGCUGGGCAGACUUCCUUCUUAACUCAAGUGUCUUCUUCUGCUAAAGAGGUGUCAUCAAGUAUUAAGGAUCAUGUUCCUAUGGAAGAGCUAGGGGCCAUCAAGAAUGGCUGUGAUUGGGAUACUGAUCGUCAACACAAUCUUCAUUUGGCUGAAAGUGUUAAGGAGAAAGGGCUUUGUGGUGAUGCUAACUAUCUGCCAUCUCAAGCUCCAUUGACAAAUAACCCAUCUUCAAAUAUCGAAGUAUGCCCUUCUCAGUCAAGCAAAGUUGAGAAGUCUCGUCAAAAAAAGAAGUAUGAUCCAAAUGUAUUUUUCAAAGUUAAUGGGAAGCUUUAUCAAAAGCUUGGUAAGAUAGGAAGUGGAGGAAGUAGUGAAGUUCACAAGGUAAUAUCAUCAGAUUGUACUAUAUAUGCUUUGAAGAAGAUAAGGCUUAAAGGACGUGACUAUCCCACUGCCUAUGGAUUUUGUCAAGAGAUCGAGUAUCUGAACAAGUUGAAGGGAAAGAGCAACAUUAUUCAACUUAUUGACUAUGAGGUGACAGAUAAAACUUUAUUUCAAGAAGUUGCCGAUGAAUCUGUGAAUAUCAAGGACAAGAGAGUGAAGGAUGAUGAGUGUAUCUACAUGGUGCUUGAGUAUGGAGAAAUAGAUCUAGCUCACAUGCUUUCACAGAAGUGGAAGGAGAUCAAUACUUCAGGUUGUAAAAUAGAUGAGAAUUGGCUACGAUUUUAUUGGCAGCAAAUGCUUGAAGCUGUUAAUACAAUACAUGAGGAGCGUAUUGUGCACUCUGAUCUGAAGCCUGCCAACUUUCUACUGGUCAGGGGCUCACUCAAGCUUAUUGACUUUGGCAUCGCCAAAGCUAUAAUGAGCGAUACCACAAACAUACAGCGAGAUGCACAGGUCGGAACCCUAAACUACAUGUCUCCGGAGGCAUUCAUGUGUAACGAGUGUGACUCAAACGGAAACAUUAUCAAGUGUGGGCGCCCAUCUGACAUCUGGUCUCUUGGUUGCAUUCUCUAUCAAAUGGCCUAUGGCAAAACACCUUUUGCAGAAUACAAGACUUUUUGGGCCAAGUUCAAGGUUGUUACAGAUAGGAACCAUGAGGUUGUAUAUGAGCGGGUCUCCAAUCCUUGGCUUAUUGAUCUUAUGCGAAGAUGUCUUGCAUGGGACCGCAACGAGAGAUGGCGAAUUCCACAGCUGCUUCAGCACCCAUUUCUUGUUCCUAGAAUGCCAAGAGAGCUUCCUCCAUUAGACGAUAAUCAUCCUUGUAAAUUGCUUGUAGAGAGGAUUGGCACUUAUUGGAGCAAUCCUGAAGUGUCUAGGCUGUGUUUGGAGCUCCAUGAGGUCAUAAUCAAGCUCGAGAAAGUACAAAAGAGUCCAAAUGUAUGUGUGGAGCCAAAUGGUUCUUGACGUGUAUACAGUAUGCCAAGGAUGUUUUAUUCUGACAAUUCAUCCUCAUCUUUUGAUUAGAUAAUCCAUUUGGUGUGGUAUCAAUCUUGAUAUAA